CUUAUAUAUACGACCAAAACCUUUUCAACUCUGUUUCGACCCUUUUGGUAUGGAAGCUUUGCGAGCAGCUCCAGAGCCAGAGACUACCUCCGAUCCGCUUCUCGGUAACUCACGUUGCUGUUCCUGCCUCGCCGUGGGUUCCUCCUGGUGGCAGCGGAAGUCGAUUGAUUUACACAGCAACCACCAUCACGAGCCACGGUGGUGGAUACGUGCGAUUCUGAAGAUCCGAGAGUGGUCGGAGGUCGUAGCUGGGCCACGGUGGAAGACUUUUAUCCGUCAGUUUAACCGCGAUCAACGCCGUGGCCGCGCUUGGGACAACAGCGCCAGACAUAAGUACGAUACUUCGAGUUAUAAAUUGAAUUUUAAGGAUGAAGGCGAGGACGAAGAGGACGAUGAAGCUGGAUUCGGAGGGUAUCGGAGCUUCUCUAUGCGCUACGCUUCUGUUCCCGUUGUUUUUGGAAAACCUCCGGCUGUUAUCAGCGUUGACUCCGUGAAAUAAUAUGAAUCUCUUAGGGCAUGUUCCGUGUUGUUAAGUUUGUGGCGGCCGCGUUGAAAAAGUCUCUUGCGUCAUGAGUUUGGCGUUUCCUUUGUUGAUUUCUAUACGUCAAGUUUGUUUUGGUUUGUCCAUCGUUGAAAGUUAUGCCUCCUUUUAUGUAUCACGUGAAUGUAUAACGAGGGUCUAGUAUUUUCCAUUGUGCAAGUUUUAUUUUUAUCCACGGAUGAUUUGUUUUAUCGUUAGAUAUAUUAUAUAUUAAAAAUUUGUAGCAA